CAGCGGUAGACUGGUGCUCACCGUUCCGUUACGACUUAACUAUUUGCUGUGUAUUGAAGAUCUGUUCAACUUGAACAACGACAAUACGAAGAAGAUCAAAGGGAUCGAUAUAGGGAUAGUUUGUCAACAAGUAUGGCUUGUAUCACCAAGUGGUAUUUAAACGACAAUGUGAUCAAUGAUUAUUUCAAAUUGAUCCAAGAACGUGAUCCGAGCAUUUACUGCUUUGAUACCUAUUUUCAUGAGAAGUAUAAAAAAAAUGGAUAUCUAGGUGUGAAGCGUUGGACGAAAAAAAUCAAUAUUUUUUCAAAAAGAAAACUUUUUUUUCCAAUCAAUAUUACAGCACGCAAUUUUUCACACUGGAUCCUUGUGGUCGUCGAUAUCAAGAAGAAUAAAAUCACACAUUACGACAGUAUCUUAAAAGGUGACCGAGCUGUAUAUCGGGAUGAUGUAUUUAAAUACUUAGAGCAAGAGUACCAGGAAAAAUUCGGUGAAUCUCUACCUAAAAACAACUGGAAAAAAGUUAAAGGUGAUAAUCCCUGUCAAAUCAACAAAGUAGACUGUGGCGUCUUUGUCUGUAUGUAUGCAGAAUAUAUAUCAAGAGAUGUUGCAUUCAAUUUUUGUCACGAACAUAUGCUGUUUUUUAGGAAAUUGAUGGCAUACGAACUUCUUACUAAACAACUUGUAUGAGUGAAUAUAGA